AUGAAGAUUCCUUCGUUCGGAGAAAGACCUAUUCCACUUGCUCUUCAUGAUGUUCUUGAUGUUGGUGAUGCUCCGAAAAGGGUUAGACUUAAAAGAAAAUCAAAGGUGGAUGCAGAGGAGUUGGAUGAUUAUACUAUUAGUGUUGUUAAUGUUACUGAAGAUAUUGCUUCUGGUAAUAAUGUUGCGACCAUAACUAAGAAUCAAAAGCAUACACCAAAGCUAGUAGAUCAGCAUGAAACUUUGAAGGCCACCAAUACCACCAGUUGUUCAAAACCAAGCCUCAACAUCAACUCCGACCACCACUACUUACAUCCCCAUUACUACUAUUCAUAUCCAAACCACAUCACAAAUUCCUAA